AAGAGAGAGAGAACCAUGUGGCGGCUACAGCGGCAUCCUCUGCAGGUGUGCGUCUGGCGGUGGGCGGCGACGACGGCGGCGUGUCUGCUGGUGGCUCUGCCGGUGGAGGAGGCGGAGGCGAGGGCCACCAAGCGCAGCGUCACCGACACCUCCGUCAUGGGCUACCUCACAGAGCGGACGUGCUGGUGGAACGAGAUCUGCAAGGAGGAGUUCCAGACGCUGUUCCGCUGCAAGUGCCCCGUGUGGUCGUUCUGCCGCAGCCCGGGCCGCUACUACAACGCCUUCUGCACGAUGACUGGCACCGGCUACAUCUGGACGCAGCCCGAGCCGUCGUGGGGCCGCCGCCAGAGCGCGCCAGCCGCAGACUUCGACGCCGCCGGAGGCGGCGACCCGCAGCAGCGCGCCAGGGCCGGCGCGGGGCUCGAACCCACGGCCGGCGGCGCGCGCACCCACCAGCCGGACCUGCCGUACGCCGCCGUCGUCGAGGAGCGGCCCAACCCCCAGCCACCUGCCGGCGGCAGCAGGCUACUCGCCUCGGCGCGGGUGUAA